UCGCAUUACCGAGCAUUUAAGUGUCGUUCGAUGGGCAGCCGAUGCCAUAAGUUCGCUUUUCUUGCUAUUGUAAUUUUAUGCCGCUUUGAAAAUCAAUAAUUCUUUAUAUUGUGGUGCAAUACAUAUUCAAUAACUCAUGAAUCAACCCAUGUAGCACAUUCAAGCAUACAUAAAUAUGGUGUUGUUGGAUCGUUAUCAUAACUCUUAUUCUGCCCUUGCCUGGAACUGAUAACACUGCAUAACAAGUUAUUGUAGAAAUCAUUCACAGCGAUUGGCCAAAAUGUGAGAAGUUAUUGACUAUUAUUGCUCAUUCGAAAAGCGCACCUCACGCGUGUUCAUGCAUAGUGCUUUUGUGUGAAAAUAAUACAUUUUAAUUCUAAAGGUUUUAAGUGCUUUUAUAAUGAAUUUUCGCACUUUUGUUCUCAUUGUGCUUUUUGCUCUUUUUGGAAAAUCUAAAUCAGAGAAUGACGCAAAGAUCAAUCCGCGUAUUAUAAAUGGUGUAGAGGCUCCCGUGGGGAGAACAAAAUUUCAAGUUUCCAUACGACUAAAGGCACACGAUCGAGUUUUCGGAAGCGGCCAUAUUUGCGGAGGUUCACUCAUUGGACCGAAUAAAGUGCUGACAGCCGCACAUUGUCUCUACAAUUCAGAUAGAAAGCGUUACCGCAAGGCGAGCGAAUUUAUUGUUGUAAUGGGCACACAGAAUCGCUACACGCGUGUCAAUGGUACUAUUGUCUCAGGCGUCAGCUCGAUUGCCUAUAUGAACUCCUUUAGUUUGGAUACUAUGCGUGAUGAUGUUGGCGUAAUGUUUCUGCAGACUGGUUUGCCAGUAAACAAAACACAUCUAACAGUUGCGCCGAUUGGGCUAAGUAAUUACUCGAUACCGGCGGGUACGCAAUGUCAAGUUUCAGGAUGGGGUAAAACUUCGCAGGUGUACUUGGAAAAAAUUGCACACAGGAUAAAUAUGGUAUCAUGCUGUUCAGAAAAAUAUUUUAAUCAAAAUAAGAAAGUGUGCUAUCUCUCAAUUUGACAAAA